AUGGAGGAGGCUAGAGCUGCUUCUCAUCAGGUAAAUUCUCAAAUAGACUGUCUUAAUUCUAGAGUUGAUAGACGUCUAAGUCAAUUAUUUGAAGUGGUUAAUAAGAACAAAAGUGAUUUUGAUGAGUUUAGAAGAUUUUUAACCACACCAAUAAUCCAAUCUAGAGCUCUGCCAUUAGAUGGCGGGAAUUCAAACCCCAAUAGAAAUUCCGGAAAUUUAAGUUCAUCUCCCGCUGGCGGUGGAAAUGGUCAGCCACGGCAAGAUAACCUCUUUCCGCCGAUGACAAACCAACCAACUCCUCACCGCAUGAAUCGCGGCGAGAUUCCUGCCACUACUCAAGUGGAAGGGAUACCCAAUGUGGGAGUUGGAGAAAUUCCCCCACGUGGUGAGAAUUUGGGAGUUACACAUUCUGCUCCAGUGGAACCGCCACCCAUACCCAUGCCAGUGGCAAGGCCCUAUACGGUGCUUGCUCACAUGGGAGGGGAGUAG